AUGUUUCAACUCAUCAAGAAGCUCUUUACACGACAGAGUUCUAACUCUGACAAUGAACCCAGGGGCGCUUUUCAUAGAUUCAGCCAACUGCCUCAGGAAAUCCAGAACUUGAUCUGGGCAUAUGCUCUCUGUGUUGAUGCUCCGCGGGCGUACUUCGUGGAUGUCAAGGACUUUUCUGGGUGGCCAGGGGAGCUCAGAAUCGCACACUCGAUCCCUGCAAGUCUCGGUAGUCUCCCUCUCCCGCCUGCUUCAAAUCUCGGAAGUGAUUAUGACCUGAUGCGAGUUUGUCGAGCAUCGUAUCAAGAGAUUAUUCGCUGCUGGACCCUUUAUCGGCCAAAGGUUCCCGCACGCAUGUUACUCGACAACUCGCAUGACAAUGCUAUGAGGGUGAAGGAAAUCAGCAACCUUAACAUCGACGCAGCCAGCGACUUGAUCAUUGUCGAGAGAUGGUGUCACGGCAAUACCCGUGUAAGCGAGUUUCAAGGCGUCCGGGAUUUCUGGCCGCCGAGGGGCAAUACAUACGACGGUUUAGUAGACAUCCGAAGGGUAGCUAUACCGGUUGACAAGAAUCUUAAUUACAACACUAAUUGCCGUUAUCUGAAAAAUCUGAAAGCCGUGUUUCCUGGACUACAAACACUAUAUUUCUACAUGCAACCAGCUCAACUGGUUCCACUCGAAUUGCGCCACAAUCGGAUGCCCGCUGACUCCCUCGCCGCUCAGCCAUGGCCAGGUAAGGAGCCGCCAGAAAGCUUCAGGGCUCGCGGCCGCAUAUUCUACGAGAUCAGUCCUCGGGAGAUGAAGCGCGCUGGAAUUAACACGGAUUUGUAUGUUGAACCGUGGCUGAGGUCGAGGCUGAGGUGGAGGGGGAGUCCGAAUGGCAUAGCUUGUAUUAAGUUCAUCACUUGGCAAUGGAUCCAGUGA